GACUCAUGAUCAUAUUGUUUCCAGCCUCCACCUAGAUCAUAGGCAUAAGUACUCGCGAGUUCGCUGCGAUAGCUGUCAUCUUUUGUGGUGGAUGCCGUGAACUCUGGAUCCUCUGUAGCUGGCUGAUAUUACUAAAUAUCCUAUCGCAACCACGCUGGAGUUGCUGGUUGCGUGUACACUGUACAGUGGCGCACAAGAUAUAUACGCGAUCUUGUAAGUACCCUCUUUGCUCUCGUUCUUUUCAUUUUCUGUAGCUUAUACAUGUCCUAAAAUCAAGACAUAUCAACGCAUCUCACACACCUCUCACUGUUACUAUAGUUAUUACCAUUUCCCCUUGCAAUCACGAUUUCUGCUUCACUAUGCCUAGCUGGACAAUCAUCCCGCCAACCAUGGAGGACCUUGAUCAACAUUAUUGUCACCCAAUGAUUGUGAAAUUAUUUCGCAUCAUGAAAACCAUUUACGGACUUUUGGAUCCGCAAAAUGAACCGUCGGGGAUCCAUGAAGGAAAACAUACCGCAACCUUUGGUUAUGAAAAUUCAGAAGCAUCUGAUGAAUCUUCUGUACUAUCAAGCCUUUUCAUCCAUUUUGGUCUAUCCAGCCAGACUUCUCCUCGCUUUGCUAUCAUAGUACCGUCUAUGCAGAUCGAAGAUAUGACGCAAGGAUCACGUAUACCCGUCCCGUCUGAACUCGUGCCGACCGUGACAGAGAUCUGCGAUUUCGCCGUUAUGAGGUCUCAGUUUACCCCAGAUCCAACAGAAUACGAAAUAGACGAACCAGAGAGCUACCCUGCAGGUCAGGUGUGGGAACGAGUUCAAAUGCAGAAAUAUCAUGAGCUCCUUAUGAAAGAAGGCUUUAUCCAGAGCACAGACCCUCGACACAGUCAUCGAUGUGAUAUUUGUCGAUCAGACCUUCUCCAAUGCAAGGUUUGUUUGAAAGUCAUGUGUCCUUCGCGCAGCUGCGCUGCAUUUCCGUUGUUCUGCAUGCGCUGGCGGCCAUGUGCCGCAGGACACCGCUGUUGGUACAGUGACAUCUGUAUUGAUUGUGUCGUGGGCGGCACAACCUGCCUAUGCGAGGAAACCUGGACGUGCGAUCUCUGCACAGAAAAAGGCGGCUUCUUUUUACGUUGUCAUCGCUGCGCCAGGCCAUUUUGCCGUGGAUGCUCAUACCUUGUGGGAUGUCGUGGCUGUAGAGCUUCGAACCUCUGCCACGACUGUGCCGAAGAAGCCCCAGAGAAUGUAGCAAAGGAAAACUACGUGGAACUCGUCGGCCCGUGCACAAAAUGUAAGUCUCCAGUCUGUAAACCCUGCGCGAUGGCGGCGGCAGCGGGCACGUCCGUUCAUAUCGCUGUUGUUAGCUUCUCGACGGGGUGUGACUGUAUUAAAUCGUAUAAAUAACGAGACAGCAACUUGUUGCUAUUGGCUGGUAUUUGUACUUGCAGCCUUGGACAAGAUCAAAGAAUACAUGUCAUUUUUGUGUUGGCGUAUGAUGAAA